AACAGUAAUUACGAUACAAAAUGCAAAGUAUUUAGGCUCACAAACGCGGGAGCAGCGGCUUGUCUGUUCCGCUCAAGAAAAAACAACAUGUAAUGACGUGAGACUAAAGCGAAAGAGAAAGUGUAAUGAUGUAAAUCCCUUCAGGCUCGCCGGAGUAAGCCUUAAGGAAAUACCUGUAGACGAGUUAUGUAUUUUUAUAGAUUUACUGACUAAAUGUGAAAUGAAUUUAAUGUUGUACACUCGACACAUGAUUAUCAUGAUACGAUACGUACAGUGAGUGAGUGGACGGAUCUGAACACGACCCAAAAGGAGGCACCUCCCUCCUUUCCAGCCAUCUGGAUAUGAAGAAUGAUCAGUCAGUUUCUGCUCCAACAUGAUAAAAACUGUCCCAAAUGGAGAAACCUCCACACCGACACCCAGCUGUGUGUCUGAGAGUCAGCACCCCCUUGAUGUUCCUGUCAAUCCCAGUGAUGGAAAUGUCCUUUCUGAUCCAAGGACCCAAAUGGAGAAACCUCUAUCACCAGAAACAAAUGAGAAAAGCACCCAAGUGAAGAAACCUCUCUCACCAGCAGCCAGCUGUGUAUCUAUGAAGAGUGAUCAGUCAAUGGACAAUCCUCCCAGGUUAAGAAAUGGGGUCGAUGCUUCUGCUCCAAGGAUCCAGGUGGAGAAACCUCCAUCACCAGCAGCCAGCUGUAUAUCUAUGAAGAGUGACCAGUCAAUGGACAAUCCUCCCAGGUUAAGUGAUGGGGUCGAUCCUUCUGCUCCGAGGAUCCAGGUGGAGAAACCUCUAUCACCAGCAGUCAGCUGUGUAUCUAUGAAGAGUGAUCGGUCAAUGGAUAAUCCUCCCAGGUUAAGUGAUGGGGUCGAUCCUUCUGCUCCAAGUAAACAAGCAGAGAAACCUGUCUCACCAGCACCCAGCUGCCCCUUAAUGGACCCUGAUCGCAUUAUUGAUUGGAAUAACUGGUGCAAUGAUGAACAUCUCCUCUCUGCUCUAAGGAAUCAAGAACUGUGCUCCCCAGCAACCAGCUACUUUUCUAUAAUGACUUCAAAGUCAAAUAAGUUUUCUCACAAUGGAAAUGAUGGAAAUAUCCUUUCUGUUCAAAGUAUCCAAACAAAUGGAUCCAACUCGCCCGCAUACAGCUGCAUUUCUGACACUGAUUUAGACAAUUUGUUUGAUGAUGACGAUAUCUCUUCUGUUCCAAGUAAACAAGCAGAGAGACCUGCCUCACCAGUGCCCAACUGCCCCUUAACGGACAGCAAUGACUCCAGUGAUUGGAAUAACUGGUGCAAUGAUGAACGUCUCCUCUCUGCUCUAAGCACCCAAGUGGAGAAACCUCUCUCACCAGCAGCCAGCUGUGUAUCUAUGAAGAGUGAUCAGUCAAUGGACAAUCCUCCCAGGUUAAGAAAUGGAGUCAAUCCUUCUGCUCCAAGCACCCAGGUGGAGAAACCUCUAUCACCAGCAGGCAGGUGUAUAUCUAUGAAGAGUCAUCAGUCAAUGGACUUUCUUCCCAAGUUUAGUGAACAAAUUGUCCCUUCUGCUCCAAGUGUGUGUGAGCAGCCUGAAAGGGAAGAAUAUGGCAGUCCACCUGAGCACAGAGAAGACUUGUCUGAAGAUGUGGUUUGUAGUAAAUGCAGUGGGAAGAGGAAGAGAGCGGUGAAGACUUGCCGGAAUUGUUCUAAGUCCUACUGUGAGACCCAUAUCAGAGAUCACAAUACUGUACCAGCAAUGCAGACACACACCGUGGUGGAUGUCACUGGAGGCCUGGAGAAGAAGGAGAAAACCUAAGGGAAGGUUUUCUAGGAGCUUCAGUAGAUUAGAAAAUGUUUGCUAACUGCAAAAUAAAACGAUAGAAACCACCUUAUGAAUAACUGUCAAGUGAUGUAAAUGAACAACAUAAUUCCUCCACUGCUUGUUGUCACACCCCCCAACCACCUGCCCAAUUGACCGCACCUGCAGCUAAUCAGGAGGCAAGGGAUGAAGAGGUAGCCCAGAUGCUCCUGACUGCGGAACUUCAUCAGAGCAAACCACAGCGCUUCAUGGUUAUCUCAUGGCCCUUCUCUAGCCCUUGUGCUUCUUCUGUUUGGCUCUUACAAAUUCUGCUGUCCUGGUUUUGUCCUCUGCCUACUCCUCGGAACAACGUUUGCAAAUCGACUGACCCUUGCCUGUCUCUGACCAUACACUUGCCUGUCCCUUCGAAUAAAGAAGCACCUGUGAUUGAGUCCAUCGGCUGGAUUCCUGUGUUCACAAUGACAGAAGGUUCCAUCUUACCUACGGACUCAGCAGUGCUGGACUAACUACAGGAUGCCAUCUCCUUGCAAGACGUGAGGCUGAGCACGAACAAAUGAUCCCUGCACCGAAUCGCUCAGACUGUCCAAGGGCUAACACAGGCGCUUCGGGAGGGGGGAAUUCCCAAAGCUGGGUCCGCCCCCACGCAGCACUUGAACCUGAUGCCAACGGCAGACAUUCCGCACGCCCCCUGCCGACCUCUGCUUAGCAGCGCCCGAUAAGUAUGAUGAUACGCCUGACAACUGCCAAGGGUUUUUAAUGCAACGUAAGCUUGUGUUGCGCAGAUGUACUGCACAGACCAGCCCCGCACGUAAAUGGGCAACCGCUGUCUGGAGGACGUACACCAACACCACAUAUACAGACUUCAGGAAGCGGUUCAAAGCAAUAUUUGGCCACUCGCUCUCCGCCCAAGUUGCCAGCAACCGCCUAAUGUGGAUCCAGCAGGGCAGUUGAACGGAGGCCAAAUACUCUGUGGAGUUCCGGAUCCUGGCUGGAACUCCGCCUCCCUCCCGACUAGCUUCCAUAACGGGCUCCAGCCCCAUAUCCAGGCCAAGCUCACAUAUCGCAGGGAGGACUGGGACCUUGACUGCUUUAUAGAGACGGCCAUUACUAUCAAUAACCCCGCCAGGGAACGAACCCCCCAACCAUGGAUUAACUCCCCCGUCACCGAGAACAUUCGGGAGACGUCAGAACUGAUGCAUAUCAGACGCGGUUGUCUCACCGCCGAUGAGAGAUGGCGCCACCUUUAGGACAAACUUUGUCUGUACUGUGGCUCUCCCGGCCACUUCCGCACUUCCUGUCCAGUCCGACCCCUACGAGAAAUUCACCCGGAUUUCCAGGUCAGUGCUCCUCGCCGACCUAAAUCACUUAACUGUGCCGGUGGUGAUUUCCUGGGAGGGGGACAACAUACAUACGCAUGCUUUGGUGGAUUCCGGGGCGGUAGGGUGCUUUAUGGACAUCGGGUUCGCUAGGACCCAUAACAUCCCGAAGUGGGACUGUGACGUAUCGUUACAGGUUAGCGCGCUGGACGGACAGCCUCUGGGAACCGAGGUUGUGAAGUCUUAUACGGACAUGUUCCAACUGACGAUUGGCAUGUGCCACCAGGAGGAGCUUGCACUCUUCUUAAUUAAAGCGCCAGACACUCCUGUAAUCCUGGUCUUCCCCUGGCUCAUUAGACAUGACCCGGUGUUCAGGUGGAGCACCGGGGAAUUGGUCUUCUGAGGAGAAUGAUGUGCGCGCUCGUGUUUGCUCCUUCCCUGCCAAGCCACUUCAGUGGAAAGCCUGGAGGGGUCACAACCAGUGGCAAUCCCUCCAGAGUACCGCAAUCUCAGUGAGGUGUUCGGUAAGACCUGAGUAGCGGCCCUUCCCCCUCACAGACCCUGGGGCUGUGCUAUUGACCUCCUGCCCAGCAUCACAUCACAUUGUGGCCGGAUCUAUCCCGUCCCUUCCAGAACAGAAAGAAAUGAAUGACUACAUAACCAAAGCAUUGUCUGUGGGUAUCAUCUGUCCCUCUAUCUCUCCAGCCUCCGUGGGAUUCUUUUUUGUUGGAAAAAAAGGAUGGGGGACUGCAUCUAUGUAUACACUAUGAGGCAUUAACGCUAUCACAGUCAGGUACCCUCACCUUCUGCUCCGGUCACUGCCGCAUUGGAAUGGGUGCACGCCAGCCAUAGUGUUCACGAAGCUAGACCUCCGCAAUACAUAUAACCUGGUCUGGAUACACGAGGGGGAUGAGUGUAAGGCAACCUUUAGCACCACUUUGAGGCAUUAUGAGUAUUGGGUUAUCAAACUCACCCUCUGUGUUUCAGGCUUUUGUGAACCAUGUGCUUGGUGACCUGGUCAAUGACUGUGUUUUAGUUUUAGUCAUGGACCCGGAGAAGACCAGGGAGGUGUUGGAAUGGCUAAGACUGACAACCUUGAAGGCCCUUCAGUGAUUCCUGGGGUUUGCUAACUUUUAUUGAUGCUUCAUCAGGGGGUUCAGCUCCAUUGCCGCUCCCCUAACAGCCGUCACGGCAGGUAAGGGUCCAUGGUUUGCCUGGACCGACGGAGCUCAGCACACUUUUCUGGAACUGAAAGACCGCUUCACAGCUGUACCUGUGCUCCGCCACCCAGACCCCACUCUGCCUUUUGUGGUGAAGGUGGACCACUUGGUAGUAGGGGUGGAAGCAGUGCCUUUCCCAAAAACAAGGUGAUCCUCCCAAGCUCUAUCCCUGCGUCUACUUUUCACGCAAACUGUCUGGCUGACCAAAAUUACAACAUCGGAAACCGGGAGCUGCUGGCCAUCAAGCUGGCUCUUGAGGAGUGGAGACACUGGUUGGAGGGGGCCGCGCAUCCCUUUCUAGUUUUCACCAACCACCGGAACCUCAUACCUCCAGACUGCCCGUCAGCUCAACCCUCGCCAGGCGGGCACUAUUCUUCACCCAUUUCCAGUUUACCGUAUCCUACCAGCCUAGGUCUAAGAACACCAAGGCUGAUGCCCUCUCACACCUGUACGACCCCAACCCACUGCCAGAGAGUCCUGAGUUGAUCCUGCCUAAGAACUGCGUGGUGGCCCCAAUCCGGUGGCAGUUCUUUCAGGACCUCCGGCCGCGCAGAUGCUUGAGCCCAGGCCCCCUGGAAAGCUGAGGGCAAAGACUACGUGUCAGCAGGGAUGUGAACCACCCUCCUCCAGUGGGCACAUGACUCCCCCGCGGUUGGGCAUCCGGGCAUGCGCCAGACGCUGUCUCUCCUACAAGUUCGAUUCUGGUGGCCCUCGAUGAAGGAUGACAUCUUGGAAUACGUAGAAGCCAGUCAAACUUGAUCCCAGGUCAAGACCGACACAGAAACCCACUGGGCUCCUCAAACCCCUUCCAGUGCCCUCUUGUCCAUGGUCCCACAUGGCUGUUGACUUCCUGGUGGACCUACCCCUACUGGACGGUAAGACCACGAUACUCACCCUUGUGGACCAGUUCUUGAAGGCCUGCUGCCUGAGUUGCCCAAGGCCCUGGAAACUGCCAAGACACUGUUCCAAAAGGUGUUCCGCUUGUUCGGCCUGCCCGAGGACAUCGUGUCAGAUCGGGGCCCCUAGUUUACAUCCCACAUAUGGAAGGCAUUCUGGAACAAGCUGGGGGUUUCGGUCAGUCUUACCUCCACAUAUCGCCCCCAAGCCAACGGCCAACAAGACAAGACGUUGCCAGGUAUCUGCACAGUUAUUGCUCCCAGAAGCAGCACCAGUACCGCUGGGACCCAUAACCCAGCACCUAGCACCGCUAGGACCCAUAACAUCCCGAAAUGGGACUGUGACGUAUCGUUACAGGUUAGCGCGCUGGACGGACAGCCUCUGGGAACCGAGGUUGUGAAGUCUUAUACGGACAUGUUCCAACUGACGAUUGGCAUGUGCCACCAGGAGGAGCUUGCACUCUUCUUAAUUAAAGCGCCAGACACUCCUGUAAUCCUGGUCUUCCCCUGGCUCAUUAGACAUGACCCGGUGUUCAGGUGGAGCACUGGGGAAUUGGUCUUCUGAGGAGAAUGAUGUGCGCGCUCGUGUUUGCUCCUUCCCUGCCAAGCCACUUCAGUGGAAAGCCUGGAGGGGUCACAACCAGUGGCAAUCCCUCCAGAGUACCGCAAUCUCAGUGAGGUGUUCGGUAAGACCUGAGUAGCGGCCCUUCCCCCUCACAGACCCUAUUGCUCCCAGAAGCAGCACCAGUGGGCCUGGUUUCUGCCCUGGUGGAAUAUGUGCACAACGCCCUAACCCACACAUCAACAGGCAUAUCCCCCUUCCAGUGCGUGUUGGGCUACCAGCCUAUCCUCUUCCCAUGGCACCCUGGGUUCAGUAAUAUACUGGCUGUGGAUGAUUGGCAUCGAGAGAGCGGUGAAACCUGGUGAACCAUUCGAGAACAUCUGCAGCAGUGCAUCCAACGAUACAAGCAACAAGCAGAUCAACACCGACACCACCCCUCCUUUGUGCCCAGCCAGAGGAUAUGGCUCUCCACCAGGGACCUCAAGCUGCACCUUCCAUUCAAGUGAAAAUAAAAAUAAUCUCUACAAAUCCAAGUUCAGUGCAAGAUCUGAAUUGGUUUAUGUCAUAACAUUAUGCAGCAUUAGUCAUCUUGUCAUUUAACAGCACUGAAUUGGAAAUUUGAUGUAGUACAAGGUCUCAUUAUACAGGUGAUCCCCAAUUUAUAAUGGGGUUACGUUUCGUGAAACCCAUCAUAAGUCGAAACUGCAUUUAAUACACCUAAUACACACCUCUGCAUGACAGACAGAGAUGUGGCUUGUUGCUGCUGCCCAACAUCACAAGGGAGUAUCAUACCGCAUAUCGCUUUCCUGGGGGGGGGAAUCAAAAUUAGAAGUAUGGUUUGUACUGAAUGUCUAUCACCAGUUCACCAUUGUAAAGUCAAAAAAAAUCAUAAGUUGAACCAUCAUAAAUUGGGGACCACCUGUACUAAUACAAAGUAUUAAUCUUCCAUAGUAUUAAUUUUCAAUAUUAAUAAUGUUUCUCACAGCUAUUAACACAAGUUCUCAUCAUAACUUUGUCAAUGAAAUCCUUCUUAAUUUCUUAAUGAACCAGACAUGUUAAGUGUUGGAGGUCUUACACUAUUGUUCCCUUUGGUUCCAUUUUACUGACAUCUGUUUGCCCGACAGGAAAGACAUGUUGCUUUUGCUUGCCAACGAACAGCAAUUCUAGAAAACGGAUGUGUUCAUGUUUAAAUGCACUUUCUUCAAUCUAGAAAAUGUUUCUGUCUUUGAAAAUUUGUAUGUUGACCAUGUGUAAUACAAGGAGCCCAUGUGUUGAAAAAAUAAACUCUCUUCUGUAACCAACACUGUUUCACAUGACUUUGUGCAUAUUCAUUUCAU